ACGAACUACCAUUCUACUUCCGGUAUAAUGAAAAAUAUACGUGUGAGAGUUUGAAAACUAAACAGUCGUUAAAGAUGCAGAGGUCGCCCGAUGCAAAAUAUACACCAGCAUAUUCAUCGGAGUUUAUUCUGACGUCAUCGUCCCCAUUGCCCGUGGUCUCUACUAUCUUGUCUCCGAACCCUGGUGACUUACAACCAGAUAACGACCCCCUAAGCCAUAACAACAUGAAUCUUUUCCAGUCUACCCAGAGAAACGCUCAAUCCAGUACGUCAACAACACGGAAUUUUUUGGAAACAGAUAACACAAUUGAUGAUAUUGAAUCCUUUGUCCAAGCAGCCAUUCAAUCAUAUCCCCUAUCGAGUUGGGAUACACCAGAUGGGAUGGCCUCUGACCUAAACACUCCGGACAAGAGGAGCGAAGUAAGGAGAGACACGGAGGGGGUGAACGUUGCUUCAUUGCAGGACAGAAUCAGUCCGCUUCUAGAGUUACUCUGUUAUUCAGGUGAUAACGAUAUAGAAAGCUUGCUGACCCAAGACGUCAACGAAAAUAAAUUUCUAGGAACCAAAAUAAAUAAACCGAAUUCAAAUGAAGAAAGCACAAACGACGACGAAAAUGCGGACAAGCUAAGAAGACACGCCAAUUCUGAAAUACUCGCUCUGCUAGACUAUAACUACCCACACAGAAGCGACGAGGAGAACCUGGUUUGUUUUAUCUGUUGCGAGGCGUUCUACGAGCGUCUACAUCUGAAAAACCACUUGGUGAAUCUGCACCUGCGACACAUUCCCAUCAGUCAGUUUGCUGGCUGUCCCUACUGUCCGUUUGUCGGUAAGUCUCGUUAUCAGUUUGUGGACCAUGUCCUAAAGUCCAGGGCUGCAUGUAGAUCAUUGAUGAUGAGAAAGAAAGAAAAAGGCCGCUUGAAGUCAAAAUCUAAGUCCAACAAAGAAAAACAGAUUUAAUCAACAGAUGCAUAUUACGGAAAGGGAGUUUUGUUGUUAUUGGUUUUUUUCCCCUUCUCACAAAAUCAUUUAAAAAAAAAAAUUUAGUAAUUGUAUGUUACUUAAAUGUUGAAAUAUUGACAUUUUGGAUUAAAUUUUGAACUAUUGCAUUGUGAAUAAAAUGACAGCAAAUGAGUUUUUUGUCCGAAA